AUGCACUCUAAUUAGGAGUUUAGCUGCAGAAUUCCACACCACAAAAUAGUCAAUAAAAAGAUUGUCUAUGUGGUUAUAUUUGUUUCCCACUCCUAUUGUUCUGCAAAAGUCUAACAUCUUCGGUAUUCAGAGGCUGAGAAAUUGCAUGCCAAAUUGGACAAGUCAUCAUAACAAUUACGUAUCUCUGUUACACUACCACAAUUCCCUGGCAAAAAACUAUUUGGCAGUCAUAAUGAUUCUGAAUAAGGCAUUUUAAGGCGUAGAUCUGAUUUGCAGGAUUAUUUCAACCAACUACUUAAAAUUGAUAAACUCUACUCUAUUCCAUGUCUGAAAUCUAUGUUACCAGAUAUCAAUGAUGAUAAAAGUGAUCUUACCUAAUUCUUGUAGGAUAAACCCUUAUAAUAAUACAAUUUUAUUAUUGAUUCAUUCUAACAAUUAGACAUGUUUGUACUGUAUUUUGUUCAAGUUAUUGACAAUUUUAAUAAAUCCAAAUGGAGAUUCAAAACCAGAUAUUCAGAUCUCAGGGACAUCCAUUCGGCACUCAAAGAACAAAUCAAAGUCAAUACUAUUCCUGAGUUCCCAAAACGAAAGAUCUUUGGAAUUACUAAUGAUGAUCCCCAUGAAAUUGAAACCAGAAAAAAAAACCUUGAAGUAUAUCUCAACUCUAUUUAUGCUAAUCCAGAACUAGCCAAUACAGAUAUUUUAGAUUAUUUCAUACAAAAUAGCAGAAGAGAAUCCAAAAAAUUAUAAAAAUUUGAUGAACAAAAAAUGCUAUUAAAAAUGAAACUUAAAUAAAAACAACAAAAAUAAUAAUAGAUAGAAUAAUUGCAAAAGAAAUUAUUGAAUCCUGAAAACCAAUCAGAUACCAAUACUGCAGAUAAAGCAUCUCAAAAACAAAUCAAACAAAUACCCAGAAAAGGACUCUUCGUCAUUAAAGAGCUCUUAGAUAAAUACGAAGAUGACAAUACCACUCUUCUAAGAUACAGCUCCCUAUCUACCAAUCCAUUAAACACAGUUGGUGCUACCUAGAUGCCAAUAAACAUUUUACAAAAUAACUAAUUGGAAGAUGAUUUUAUGAAAGCAUCCUCGUAACCGCAUGCUGCACAAAUUGUCAUGGAUGAUCUUGAAGAUGAUUUUGUUAUCCAAAUUGACGAAAACCAAGAAGAAGAAGCUUAAUUAACCUAUUAAAAAUGA